UUUCUGUUUGUAUUUUCUCUCUCUAACUAAUCACAUACUUUUAUCGCAGACCACCCAGUUUGAGCAACAAACAACUUGUCUUCCCCUUUCAUCUUCCAAAUUUGUUUAUUUCUGUCUCUCUGUCUGAUGAUCUGAUCAUCAAUCUUCUCUACUUCUUCUGUCUUAGGCGGCGCUCGUAAGGCCGCCACCGGAAUCUCAAACAGAUCCCAUUUUUAUGGGCCGGCGCCACUUCUCCUCCGCCACCGCCCGUUUCAUUACCUGCUACCGUAACAUUCUUCAUCACCACAAUACCUUACCUGAGAUUUUCUCUUCAAUGGAUCCCUCAACAAGUAAACCCACUUCCGAUCUUCCUCCCCAACCCCAUCACGGAUCAAUAAUAUUAUUCGAUAAUAAUAAUAAUCAUCAUCCUGACUAUAUUUCCGACCUACCCGACGAGGUUCUUUCCUGCAUUUUCCAUUUCUUACCCAACGCCGCCGAUCGGAAAACCUGCUCCCUCGUCUGCAAACGUUGGCUAAUUGUCGAAGGUCAAAGCCGACACCGUCUCGUCCUCGACGCUCGUCAGGAACUGUCUUCUCGUGUUCAAACAAUCUUCUCACGAUUUGAUUCCGUCACCAAGCUCGUUCUCCGAUGUGACCGCCGAUCCGUAAGUAUCGUCGACGACGCGCUAAUCCUGAUCUCCCUCCGUUGCAAAAACCUAACGCGUCUCAAGCUACGAGGUUGUCGCGAGCUCACCGACGUUGGAUUAGCCGCAUUCGCGAUGAACACCAACUGUUUGAAGAAAUUCUCAUCCGGAUCAUGCUUAUUUGGGGUCAAAGGAAUGAAUGCAGUCCUCCAACACUGCAAAAAUCUUGAAGAACUCUCGAUCAAACGACAUCACGGUGUCCUGGAGCCAAUCGGACCAGGUGUUGCAUCUCUUUCCCUUAAAACCAUAUGUUUCAGAGAGAUCUAUAAUGGGCAUUGCUUCGAUCCGCUUAUAACCGGAGCUAAGAAUCUUAAAACAUUAAAAAUAAUCCGUUGUAUCGGAGAUUGGGACAGGGUUUUCCAAACAAUCUCAACCCGUGAGAAUUCACUUGUCCAGAUCCAUUUAGAGAGAAUUCAGCUAACUGAUAUGGGUCUCGAAGCUAUCUCAAAUUGCAAGUUUGUUGAUACUCUACACUUAGUGAAAACCCCAGAAUGUACAGAUGACGGAUUAACCUCCAUUGCAGAAAACUGCAAGCUUUUGAGGAAGCUUCACAUCGACGGAUGGAGAACGAAUCGAAUAGGAGGCCACUUGGGUCUAAUAUCUGUCGCUAAUCAUUGCAUUAAUCUUCAAGAACUUGUUCUAAUCAGUGUCAAUCCAAGUUUAUCUAGUCUGGAGGCAAUAUUCACCAAUUGCAGGAAAUUAGAAAGAUUAGCUCUUUGUGGGAGUGAUUCAAUUGGGGAUAAAGAAAUCUCUUGCAUAGCUGAUAAAUGUUUGGCAUUGAAGAAGCUUUGUAUCAAAGGUUGUCCAAUUACAGACAAGGGGAUUGAAACAUUUGCAUGGGGUUGUCCGAAUUUAGUGAAGAUUAAGGUGAAGAAAUGUAGGGGAGUGACGGUUAAAGUUGUUGAUAAGUUGAGGAUUAGAAGAGGGAGGUUGGUUGUUAAUAUGGAUGUGGCCGAGAUUGAACCAGAGGCUGUUAUAGAGGAUGCUAGUGUUGCUGUUGAUGAUGAUGCUGGUUCGAGUAGUAGAAAUGGUCAUGGUCAUGGUCAAGCCUCUGUUUUCAAUCCGAGGUAUGGUCUUUUGGCUUGCACUUUUAGAAGAUGGUCUAUUGGUAGGUCUAAUGAUGGUUUAUGAAAGUUUAUUUGAAUGGGUUCAUGAAAAUGAAAGAAAAAUAUUUUGAAGUUAUGGUUUGCCGUUUCAAUAUGAUGUUCCCUUUUUUUAGGGUUCAUCUUUUGGGUUAUUGUUCUUGUUGUUGAGUUGAAUUUUGCUUACUUUUAUAUAUGCUUGUUUGAGCAAAAAACAAUGCCAUAAAACUAAACUAUACUUUGGCUUCGUUUAGAACUAUUAUUUUGGUCUGUUUUUUCAUUUUU